GUUAGUACGAUUUAGUUAGGACCCUGUGUGCUUUUGGCUGUAUAGUUCCUGUACGUUAAUAAAAAUUUAUACCUAUAUACAUAUAUACACACACAUGUUUAUAGAAUAUUGUAACCAGUAAAAAAUCCGGAACAAAAAACGCGGCUUGCGUAGGCUUUGUGCUCUCGUCGAAAAAUUCGGUGUUGCAAUUUUAACGAAGCUGAAGGUGAGAAGCAGCAGAAGGAUCUCAAUUAAGCGCCAGCACCUGUUCGACAGGGCAGGACAGGCGGUCUCGUGAAGGUGAAGAGUUUAAUUAGGGAGAAGAAGAAUAGAAGGAAGAACGACAUCCGUGAAGAAGAUUCAAAGUGUGUGUUUUCGGCAUAUAGUGUGUGGCUCCACCGGGACCCCCACCAGAACCCGGGAAUCGCGUGAAGUAAAAGCCAAAGUACGGAACACAACAGUCAAGGCAAAGGGAAAUCGUCGCCGGGAAAACCGAACCAGAACAAAGGAAAAUUAAGCGGAACUGACAGAAACAUUUAAUUUUAUUUCGAUAUCUUUCGCUCCUUUUGUGUUCUGUGUUUCUGUGUCUCUCCGGUAACUCCACGGGAGGAGCCUUCCGUUCAUUUAUUUUGCUUUUUCGGUGAUUUAGUUAUUAUAGGCGUCUCUGCUGGCCCUCUGCCUUCCGGUCGACCUGAAAACACGAACUAACGCGCGGGCGGGUGCAGGUGCUGCUCUAUCUGUCUAUCCUCGGCAUAACUACUUCGUACACCGCAGUUCCGCGCUGUUGGUGAGUGUGUGUUUGUGUGUCUAUAGAUAAUUUCGUCGUUCGCGCAAAAAUAGCGAAAACGCCAACGUCAGCUUGUCUAGCUGGCCCGGAACGUCAGUAUUGCGCUUUCGUUGCGAAGAAGAAGUAGAAGCAGUCCCAGCGGUUGCCGCGUUCGGAUCGACGUAAAACCGUUUUUCCGCCUGGAGUGAACCCCCUGGGAAAGCCAAGAAGGGACGAUCAUAAAAAAGUAAAAAGGGCAUAUAAUAAAAAAAACUAGUAUAUAAAAUAUCAUAGCUCGACCCGGCACAGUGCCACAACUGUGAAGUCGCGUUCAAGCAUCGUAAAAAGGGGCAGGCCCCUCGGCGACACAGCAGAACAACUGGCAGAAGAAUAACAAGAAGCCACGGUUCAUCCCUUGGAAAAGCUCAAACAACGGAGCACGGCCAAGGAGUCCGUCGCCGCGCCAUCGUCGCCUCCUACGACGACUUGAAAGCAGUAAAACCGGGACACAAAACAGACAAACAGACACAUAUUUCGCGCGAGGAAAGCGCCGCAAUCUAAAAGAAAAACCGUGCAUAUCGUGCUGAGAUAUUAUUUACAUUUCAUUUCAUUUUAAUAGCUUCACUCUCGGGAAGCGAAACAAAAGUGAGGAAAGAAAUCGUCCUUCGGCGGUAGUGUUUGUGCGCGUUGUUUAGAAAUAAUUACUCUGUCCCUCGUAAAACCCGUGACUGUGAGCAACUGUUGCAAACUCGUCCCAGUGAGUUUCCAUCAAAAGUCAAUUAAGUACGUGUGCUAGUCAAAUUACCCGAAAAACAAAACAAAUAAAACAGACGUAACAUAAAUUCGCCCCUCGCUAUCUAAAGCUUGUGCAGACCGUCUGAGCCACCGGGAGAACAUCAGGACCGAGCUCCACCCACCCUCUAACCGUCGUCGCGCGAGGGAAAGUAUAAGAUGUUGGCCAUGUCCACCCUGAUGAUGCCCGCACCGACGAUGGCCCUCAGUGCCGCCCCCCAGCUGACCGUGGGACCGCCGCACAAACCGCCAGAAACGAAACUGCUCACAAUCCACCCGGCCCAUUCGGCCCAAUCGCAGACCACCCCGCAGCAUCAGCUGCACCAGCAGCACCAGCAGGUCCAGCAGCAGCAACAGCAGCAGGCGGCGCAACAGCAGGCCGCCCAGCAGCAGGCCGCCGCCGCAGUCCAGCAGCAGCAGGCCCAACAGCAACAGCAGCAACUGCAGCAGCAGCUGGCCGCCACCGUCAAGCAGGAAAUGUCCUCGUCGUACCACUGGCAUCUGCCCCCGGCGAGCAGUGGAAACGCAGUCGUCAAGAUGCCCUGGAAGACGUCCACGAUGACGGCAACGGCGGCGGCGACGACGACGACGGCGGGGAUGGGCAUCACGACGACGGUGCGACACCACGGUUCUAAUGAGAACUUAGAACAUUAUCACAUAUUUGUCGGCGAUCUCAGCCCGGAAAUCGAAACGCAGACACUGAAAGAUGCCUUCGCUCCUUUUGGGGAUAUAUCAGAUUGCCGCGUGGUCCGGGAUCCACAGACGCUGAAAUCCAAAGGCUACGGCUUCGUGUCGUUCGUGAAGAAAUCGGAAGCGGAGAAUGCAAUUGCUGCCAUGAAUGGACAAUGGCUCGGAUCGAGAUCCAUUAGGACAAACUGGGCCACCAGAAAACCCCCGGCUACCAAGGCAGAAUUGAACGCCAAACCGCUCACCUUCGACGAGGUCUACAACCAGAGCAGUCCAACCAACUGCACCGUGUACUGCGGCGGCGUCGGUGGAACUCUGGCCGGUGGACUAAGCGAGGAGAUCCUGCAGAAGACGUUCUCUCCGUUCGGGACUAUUCAGGAGAUUCGCGUCUUCAAGGACAAGGGAUAUGCUUUUGUUAGAUUCUCCACCAAGGAAGCGGCCACCCACGCCAUCGUUGCUGUACACAACUCGGAAAUCAACGCUCAAACGGUCAAAUGCUCCUGGGGUAAGGAAAGUGGCGAUCCGAACAACGCACCCUCGCUGGCGAGCCAAGCACUGAGUCAGGCCGGAUUCCCCUUCAAUACGGCCUACGGUCAACAGGUCGCCGGCUAUUGGUACCCGCCUGCUCCGACCUACCCGACGACACCAGCCCCGGCCGCUGCCCCACUGCAGGGCCAGUUCCUCCAGGGUAUGCAGGGCUACACGUACGGACAGUUCGCCGGCUACCAGCAGGGUUACAUGGGAAUGGGAAUGCAGCUGCCCGGAGCCUGGCCCGGUGUACCAACUCAGGCCCAGAUCCCUGCCACCGCUCAGCAGCUGGCACAGGCCGGCGUUGGUGGAGCCCUUCCGCAAGCCGCCGGCGUUGUCGCCUAUCCGAUGCAGCAGUUCCAGUUAGCUGACGAUGAAUGGCUAGCACCCAGCCUUUUAGUGUAGCUCCCUUGAUGGCCAUCGUCACUGUGCGGCUGUGCGGUGCCACAGCAUAAGUAGGGCUCUCCUUCCUUCUGAUUGCAAUGACACAAAUCAUCCCCAGCAAAACCCCAACUGCGUGGUCCCUCCCGGAGAUCACGUGGCGGGCGCAAUUUGGCUCGGCCAUCACCACGGGAGGACCACAGCUCCACUAACCUAACGCAAAACCAAAACCAAGCUCUCCAGUGCUGGUCCCGCAGAGGGCACCACUAGUUUUAUCUCAUUUCCGGUCGACAGUCCGAGCGAAAAUGGAACAGUAGGCGCGUUAAAGUAAGCGAAGAAAUUGAAGCGAUUUGUGAAAACAAAACAUGAAGUAUUACACAUACACAAAGAAAAAAAAAGUUUGGUAUUUGUACCAAGAAAAAAAAACAAAAAAAAUAUUAAAAAUACACACACAAGGCAUAUAAGAAAAUUGACUUAAAUGGUAAGACACACACUUAGAUAGUAACAAUGAAAGCAGCAGCGUUAUUGACGUUUGUAAAUAGAGGUAAAUAAAUAUUGGAAUUAAAUGAGCAAAUAGUGGUUAAAUCCGCUGAAAUCAGCUAGCAGAGAAAGCGAAUUGUAGACAGGUAAGACAAGCUAUUAUUGAACAAACGGUUAGCACACAACUAGAAUAACAUUCAGCUCUGAAUCGUCCAGUAAACUGAAAAAAAAUGGUAACUAACCCGAGUCGGUUCAAAAUUGAAGGAUGUCGUCAAGCAAGCCAUCUCAUGAUCAUAGAAAGUAUUAGACCGUUGAUUUCCAGACUUGCGUAUUUUCGGGUCGCUCUAUUUUCGGAGGUUUUUUAUAACGAAAUCAAAACUAACGGAAUGGAAGCGUUAUUUUUCGAUAUGAUUGUUUUAAACCAGUAUGAUGAUUAUUGAAUGAGAUAACAAAACAACAGUGCAAAACACCGUAUUUGAAUACAAUCAAUCGUUUUUCUUUUUGGAUUCUAUUUUUUCUAUUUACUUUUCUGCCAAUGAAGACAACCAAACGUAGAAACAGAAUGCGAUAUCCGUUUUACCGAAGGGAAGGGUGUGAACAACAUAACUUACAAGGAUUGGGCAAGAGUAGCGCUCACUCGACACCUACACAUUAAACGUACAUAAAUAUAAAACACUCUUAUACAUGUACAAGAACAAGCAACAUAGAUAGGAAUUAUUUUAAAGAAGUACACGUGAAACAAAUAAAAGCAAACAAUACAAAUUAACUGAAUUGCAGAGGCAGAUUAUUUGGACCCUCUAUCUCUAAUCGCAUAAACCACAAACUAGCAAACAAACUUAAAACACAUACAACAAUAGCUGGCAACAGAAUCGGCAGCAGAUAAUACUUUGUUUUAAGGAAUUGGGUCUCCGAGUGGAUCUCCCGCUAAAACCAACCAAAUCACAAUGUUAGUGAGUAGACGAAGUAUUAAAACAAACCUUCUUGAAAGAACAACAAGCAAAUAAACCUUAACCCCGAAUAAUAAAAGAAAAAAAAACAUUUACCAAACACACAAAAACUCAUGCAUACGCCACGAAGCAAUUACCUAGACGAUGGAAUGAGGGAAAUAGAAUUUGACUUUAUUGGAAGCAAAGAACAACAUAUGUUUAAUGCAUUAAUACCAACUUGACAUCUAUAAUUAUUGAAGGUGGGAGAUGUAUUGAUUCCGCCGCGAAUCACAGUAAGCCAUGGAAAUACGUUGAAAAACAGCCGUAGUCAAUACUAAACAUAAUCUCGUAGAACGUAGUAGGCGCACAUAAUUUUAGUGUAAUUCUUUUUUGAAACCCGUUUAUUGAAUGCUUCGUCUGCGCGCGGCAUCGGCGCAACGACUUUGAUUUCAGUGACAAUGUUAGAGCCGACCAAUCGCAAUUCAAUGCUCCGUUUCAAGCCCCGCCCCUUCUCGAUCCUCGUUCAACAGUAGUAUCUGAUAGUUGUGUUGUUGGUGAGUUACUGCUUUGUUAUCCCACUGUAUCAGUCCAGAACGGAACAAAAUUACGCCGAAACGGUUCGAUCUUUGACGGUAGUGAUGUGUUGUUGCUCUCUAGAUGAUGCCCUUCCAUUCCUCCUCCCUUGAGGGAUGGGGGCUUCAGUUCUGUCAGUUUUGUGACAGCCGAACCGUUCCUGAGUUGACACAAUCGUUUUGUAUGUUCGAAGUCGCUAGUAUCUCGCAAAGUAGACGUAGCCUCCAUAUAUUAUCCCGUCUGCAUCCCAUUCCGCCUAGUGGAACGAAGUGGAACCAAGAAACGCGAAACUUGUCAGAGAUGGCGCUAGUAGUAGGCGGUGGAAUUUAGACGGAUAUCGUCCAAGUAGCAGUUGACUUUUCGUAGGAUUUGUAUAAACAGAAGAAACGGAAAAUAGUAAACCAAAACUAAUCAACCCCAGCAACCAAUGGAAGUUUAAACGAAGCAAAAAAUAUGCAAACAAGUCUUCUACUAGGAAACAACAACCAAAAAAGAAACGCGAGAAUGCAUUGAGCCCCGUCCUGGGUCAGCUCGAAGAGAAAUAAUAAGACAGAGAGAAAACAUUGAAAAUCACUCCCAGAUUUUUUGACAGGAGGCAACCAUAUCGUUAUAUAAUAUAUACAAUACAUAGUCGAAAUGGAAGAAAGUGAUGAACCACUAGAAAAAAUCUCCCAAUAAUUGGUUUGCAGGCCUGUCCAGUAGUAAACCGACCGCAUCAUCAUUAGGCUUAGUUUGAAAUCCAACUUCCUUGCGAACCGAAUUGCUUGUGUGUUUCAGUUCCUUACCCCCAACUAUAUGGCUUUCAAAGAGGUUCAGUUUGGCAAUCAGUAACAACAGUGAAAAUACGAACAACAAAUGACCAAGGUGCAUGAGAGAAGAAGCUAAAAAGGGAACAGAAUUUCGUGAUGCGGUGUGAAAGGCGUAGCGUGAAUUAUUGGAGGGUGGAUCAGUGUAAUGUUAAACCAGCCUAAUGUUUGACCCAUUUAAUAACGGACUUGUCUAACCAUUCCGUAUAUGUCCAAGAUUGGAGCCUUCCAAGAUUAGGCCUGUAUAAGAUUGAAUCCGUUGAGGAUAGGCCCUGGCCAUGAUUGGUCCUGCCCAACACUGGUUCAGUCCAUGAUUGAACCUCUCCAAGGCUGGCCCUGUCCUUGGACCAAAUCACGAUUGAGUAUGUCCAAGAUUGAAAUUUUCUAAGAUUGGACCUCUCCAAGAAAAACUUGCCCAAAAUUGGAUCCAACCGAGAUCGAGCAUGUUCACUAUUACGCCUGUCUGUGAUUGGACCUGCUCAAGGUUGGACCAGGACAAAGUUGGUCUAGUAUAAGAUUGGUCCCGUCUAUGGUUUGAUCUGCCUGAAAUGGACUUAAGGUUAGACCUGCCCAAAACUGGAUUUGUCCAAAAUGGGACUGUUCCAAAAUAGAACUUGAACAACUAGGCCAAUACAGGCUUUGUUCGAAUUUUCUUUGUUCAGAAAUGAACUUCUUCAAAAUUGGACUUGUUCAAAAUUGGACUUGUUCAAAAUUGGACUUGUUCAAAAUUGGACUUAUUCAAUAUUGGACUCAAAAAUGUCGAAAAUUGGACUUGUUCAAAAUCGGACUUGCUCAAAGUUGGACUUGUUCAAAAUUGGACUUUUUCAAAAUUGUACUUGUCCAAAAUUGUACUUGUCCAAAAUUGUACUUGCCCAAAAUUGGAGAAAAUUGGACUUGCCCAAAAUUGGAAUUGUCCAAAACUGGACUUGCCCAAAAUUGGACUUGCUUGAAAUUGAAUCUGCCUAAAAUUGGACUUGCCUAAAAUUGGACUUGCUUAAAAUUGGAUUUACCUAAAAUUGGACUUGCCCAAAGUGGAAGUUGCCUAAAAUUGAAGUUGCCUAAAAUUGAACUUGCCCAAAAUUUAACUUGUCUAUAAUUGAAUAUCUUCAAAAUUGUACUUGUUCAAAAUUAGACUUGUUCAAAAAUGGUAAAAAUUUGACUUGCCCAAAAUUGGAAUUGUCCAAAAUUGGACUUGCCUUAAAUUGGACUUGCUCAAAAUUAGAUUUGCCUAAAAUUGGACUUGUCCAAAAUUGAACUUGCCCAAAGUUGAAGUUGCCCAAAAUGAAACUUACCUAAAAUUGAACUUUCCCAAAAAUUAACUUGUUCAAAAUUAAACUUAUUCAUAAUUGGACUUGUCCUGAGACUAGUCCAAUACUGGCUUUGUUCAAAAUUGAACUUGUUCAGAAUUGCACUUGUUCAAAAUUAGACUUCCCAAAAAUAGUGAAAAUUGAACAUGCCCAAAAUUGGGAUUGUCCAAAAUUGGAAUUGUCCAAAAUUGGCUUGCCCAAAAUUGGAAUUGUCCAAAAUUGAAAUUGUCCAAAAUUGGACUUGCCCAAAAUUGGAUUUGCCCAAAUUUAAAGUUGCCUAAAAUUGAACUUGUCCAAAGUUGAACGCCCAAAAUUUAACUUGUCCAAAAUUCGACUUGUCCAAAAUUGGACUUGUCUUAAGACUAGUCCAAUAUUGGCUUUGCUAAAAAUUGGACUUGUUCAGAAUUGUACUUGUUCAAAAUUAGACUUGUCCAAAAAUGGUAAGAAUUGGACUUGCCCAAAAUAGGAACUGUCCAAAAUUGGACUUGUUCAAAAUUAGAUUUGCCUAAAAUUGGACUUGACCAAAAUUGGAUUUGUCCAAAUUUAAAGUUGCCCAAAAUUGAACUUGUCCAAAAUUGGAUUUGUCCUAAGACUAGUUCAAUAUUGGCUUUGUAAAAAAUGGACUUGACCGAAAUUGGAUUUGUCCAGAAAUGGAAUAGCCAAAAGUCGGACGUGUCCAAAUUUGAACUUAUCCAAAAUUGAACUUGUUCAGAAUUGGACUGGCUCAAAAAUAAACAUGACCAAAAUUGGAUUUGUCCAGAAAUAGAAUAUCCCAAAGUUGUAUAUGUUCAGAAUUAAAUUUGUCCAAAAUUGAAAUUGUCAAAAAUUCGACUUGUCCUAAAACUUGUCCUAGUUGUUUAAAAUUGGCCUUGUUCAUAAUUAGAAUUGUCCUAAAUUGGACUUGUAAAAAAUGUUCUUGCUCAUAUUUGGAUCUGGACAAAAUUUGACAUGCCCAAAGUUGAACUUGCCGCAAAUUGAAAUUGCCCGAAAUUGUACCUCCCCAAAAUUCGAUUUGCCCUAAAGUGGACUUAUCCAAAAUUGGAGUUGUCCAAAACAAAACUAGUCCCAAUUUGGACUUUCCCUACAUUGGAUUGGCUUUAAAUUAGAAAAGCCCAAACUUGGCUCAAAACUGGACUUGCCCAAAAUCGAACUUGCCGAAAAUUGAACAAUCUCUAAAUUGGACUUGUUCAAAAUUGGACUUGUUCAAUAUUAGGCUUGCCCAAAAUUGUUGUCCAAAAUUUUACGUGCUCAAAAUUUAGCAUGUUCAAAAUUGGACUUGUUCAAUAUUGGACUUGUUCAAUAUUGGACUCGUUCAAUAUUGGACUUGUUCAAUAUUGGACUUGUUCAAUAUUGGACUUGUUCACUAGACUUGCCAAAAAUUGGACUUGCUAAAAAUUGGUCUUGUUCAAAAUUGGA